AUGGACAGUAGUGGUCAGCUUGUACGCCGGAAGCAUCCCCAGGAACGACCACCCGUCGCUAGCGAUCCUCAAUGGAUAUAUUUCAGUGGCACCAAAAAGGCUAGCGCGAUCCGAGUCCAGCCCGGCUCGAAUCUCGACGACUUCCUCAAAUUUCUCCCCAAGCAACGCUUCGGUAUCCAAGAUGCUUCCUCCUCUCUAUCCCAAUUCCAUCAUUCUGAUUUGUGGCUGAAAUGGCUGAAGGAGGUUGACCCCAGUGUGAAGGCCUUCGUCAACCUCUCCGGGACACAGGACCGACAGAUUGACACUUUUCAAUUCAGGUUCAAUCUCCCGUGGCCGGGCGCGGCAUCUGUUGGGUUCAGUUCAUCGCACAGUGCACUGGAAUAUUCUUUCUCAAGACCAGACCAGCAGGAUUCCAUCGAAAGUAUCCACAGCCGGAUCCCCCGUCCAGGAAUUGACACCGAAGGGAAGCUACUUUAUUGCGGACUAGACGUCGCCCAGACCUCAGAAACCAUCACCACAAAUGUCAAGGAGCUUUUCGAGUUCGUCGGUCAGUACCGGCUAUCUGACCAUCUACAUCCCUUGAUCGCUGCCUUGUCGGUGACAUUCAAAAAGUCCCGUUCUCAGGGGAAACAGAAUGCUCUCUGGUUUAAUCCAUGGGUGGACAAUCAGACGACUGUGCGAUUGCAGUUUCAGCUUGACUUGGCAUCUACCUUCAAAGAGCCCCUGGAGUCGACUUUAACGGGAUUUACCCUGGACACUGCCGAUGUGAUUUGCAAGAAGGUUCUGGUUGCUGCACAGUUUGAUGAUGGACCGGGAGCAGUUGAACAGGGCGAGGUGGCGUUUUACGCUUCGUGCUUGGUAGCCCCGAAAGGUGUAACCCCGAUCAAAAUGGGUGCAGCCGUCGAAUUUCGUCAGGGUUCAAUCAGAAUCACGCUUCAGCCACCGCCCCAAGGCAGCUUUCUCGAGACUAUGCUAGCAUGGCUGGGUCAAUUGACCAACUCGGAGAACGUAGCUGCUGAUAAGCUGCCUGGUCAAGAUGACUUUUUUGAAAACGUUCACGUUCGCCGGAUUAUCAUCGAUCUUGAUCUUUUGGACUCUCAGCAGCGACUACAAUUUGCGAUGACAGACUUUGAUAUCGAUAUCGAGGCGGCGGCCACAUUCGGCAAGCAGGACGGUCCUCCCCCGGUGUUUCUUUUAUCCUAUGGAUGGACGAAGGGGAGAGAAGCGUGGGGUCGUUUCCGAGGAAAGCUGUGGACAGAGAUCGAUCCCGAUGAUAACGAUAUUCUCAAUCCGCAUUAUGAAGCGUGGAGAGGCUUGACGCCUGUCUCGACAGCAACUCUAGCCAAGUCAAUCAAUCUGAAGACUAUUGUUCCCGGCCAAACACUUGAAAAUAUUCCAGAUUUCAUCCCAACCAACAUUACCCGUGCCUCGCUAUGCCUAUCCCAAGGGACUCUGGCCAUCGGCGCAACGAUAUCCACCCAGGAGCCGAAGGGUGACGUGCCACAUCCGUACCUGGGUCAACUGGCCUUAGAUGCGGUAUAUAAAUGGGGUGACGAAAGGGGAUUCAAAGUCAGGCUUGCGACGAUGAUUAGUCUACAACAGAGUGAUCCAUCCAAUUCCCACGGCCCGACUACUCUCAUAGCUGAGUUAGACUAUGAUUCUGAAAAAACGGCAUGGCAACUGAGAGGAUUCCUAGAGGGUCUCUACGCCAGUUCCCUAUAUGAAUUCUUCGAUAGUGACUCGGCCAAUAACGCUAUGCCUCUCAUCCAAUCAAUGGCAAUUGAAAAUCUGGAUGUGAUCUACAAUUAUGCAGCCGGCCGAUCAUCCCGCCAUUCCUUGUCCAUAGAGGGAAACCUACUGAUUGCAGGAAUCAGCCUGGAGUUGAUAUACAAUUAUAGCACUGGUUUUGAGUUCUCCGCCAAAGCGGAAUUUCCUUCAUCUGAUGCGAAGAUUGGCACUGUCGUUGGGGAUAUUUUUGGUGAAACGUUGCCACUGCCAGACUUCCUUGCAGAUAUCACAUUCGACCAUCAAUCAUCCAUUAAGAUUAGGCUUGAAAGACAAAAGCUGGACAACAAUGCAGAUUCGACUACCAGUGACAACCAGACACCCCCCGUUCACUGCUUCCAAUUGGUUGUUGAAAUUAAAAUUGGAGACCUUGAGGUGGUCUUCAUACGAUACCGCGAUGGAAGUUGGGAAAGUGGGAGUGGCUCUAAACAGUUUCUGAGAGUUGGCCUAAAAUCCUUACCACAGCUUCCUGAGAUUCCUGCCUUUGGCGAGUUUCACCAUCCUUUUGAUGAGAUUUGUUACGUCUGGGUUAAUGACCCAGUCACCAAAUUAACAGAGGCGCGGGGAUUGACACGAAAGGAAGUCAAGUACCUGAAUGAGUCAUUGACAAAUAAGUUGGUUGUACGGGAUGAUUUCAAAAAAGAAAAGGAGUCUGAUUUACUCGUCGGCGCUGGAUCUCAUUUCAUGGUUCUAAUGAAUGAGUCGAUGGGAGAUCGAUCGUGUCUACUAGACUACAACUUUCUCAAGAAAUCUACCAAGCGCAAAGAUGAGAUCGCGAACGUCCAGGAGGGAGACAAUACCGUUGCUCGUUCCAUACACGCCGACGAAGACAGUGAGAAGGAACCUCCGGGUAAGGCACCACUUAAGAAAAGCAUCGGACCCUUUUCACUCCACGGCAUCGGUUUCAAAUACAGCGGACAGAUUCUUGAAAUUAUGCUGGAUGCAACGGUCGUCCUGGGCCCUGUCGAGGCAUCACUUUCUGGAUUUUCCGUCGCUUUGAACGUGAAACGGCUGGAUGACAUCUCACUCCGCUCUGUGGGCAUUGAUGGCAUGGCGGUCGCUUUUAAUGAGCCUCCUAUUAACAUCGCGGGUGCAAUCGUCCACGGUAAUAGCCCCGAUAUGGAUUACUACGCUGGAGCUCUCAUUGUGGGAUUCGACGACUGGCUGUUCAAGGCAGCGGGAUUCUACGGUGAGAUUAAACCGGAAAAUCGUGAUCCAUUCCACUCCAUGUUUCUGUUUGCUCGACUUGACGGACCGCUACUACGUCUGUCGUUUGGUGAAAUCUCCGGAAUCGUUGCCGGAUUCGGGUACAACUCAGACGUCCACACUCCAACCGUUGACGAGGUGCUCAAGUUUCCAUUGCUUGCAGAAAGGGACCAAGAGGAGGGCGUGGAGGAAGAGAGCACCGUGGACAGACUCAAUCGAUGGAUAGACCCAACUCCCGGUGGUUGGUUCCAGGUGAAGGAGAAUGCCUAUUGGGCCGCUGCUGGGCUGAAGAUAAAUGCCUUCCGGAUGCUAUCCGUUGACGCUGUGGUAGUGAUCAAUUUUGGAACAUCUGUAAAACUGGGCAUUUUCGGAGUGGCUACAGUCGAUCUACCCUAUGAGAAGGCCAAGAGUAAAUUCGCCCAUGUCGAGCUAGGCCUGGCGGCCGUGGUUGAAUUCGACUACGGCACAAUGAAGGUCGAAGGACAGCUAGCUCGGACCUCAUUCAUUCUGCACCCAGACUGCCAUCCGACAGGUGGAUUCGCUCUAUACUCGUGGUUUGACGCACCGCACGCAGAUAAGAACCAGGUGGGCAAUUUUGUCUUCACCGUGGGCGGGUAUCAUCGAGCCUUCGACCCCCCAGUGGGCUAUCCUCAACCCCCUCGCUUGAACAUCAGCUGGAGCUACAGCAGUAGCAUUAGCAUCACAGGCAAGGCCUACUUUGCUAUUACUCCCAAAGUAUGCAUGGGCGGUGGAGAGCUACACCUUUCGUUUGCUGCUGGUCCCAUCAAAGCUUGGUUCGACGCUUCGACAGACUUCCUGAUGAACUACCAACCAUUCUACUUCACUGCCGAAUGCCGCGUUAGUGUUGGAGUCAGUUAUACCAUCGACGCAUGGAUCGUGCAAAAGACCAUUUCCUGCGAGGUUGGCGCCGGGCUUUCACUAUGGGGUCCUCCGAUGGCUGGUCGUGUUCAUGUGGAGAUUUGGAUCACAUCAUUCGACAUUAAUUUUGGCGAAAGUCCAUCAAAGCCUGAAUCACUCGACCUUAUUUCCUUCUAUGGAUUGGUGCUCGAGAGAGACGGAAGAUCAGAAGCACUGGAAGGUUUAGAUCGGCCUACCAAUGAAGCUCAUACUUUCCUCGCGCAGUCGGGAUUACUGGGUGACGAUGCCAGUGGGCGAUGGAAAGUCCGGGCAGGGAUAUUCUCCAUGCGUAUGACAUGUAAAAUGCCCAUCAGUCAAGCUACCCUAGGAGAGAAACGAGUCCAGCACGACAGUGAAAUCCAUGCUAAGCCGAUGCAGCUCAAGGACAAGAUAGCAUCUCACAUGAAAGUGUCUAUCAAGCAAGGUGGCAAUGAAUCAGCAAACUGGACAAUGAAAAGCAAAACCCAGCCGCUUCCAACGGCAUUGUGGGGCAAAUAUGACGAGAAGCUCGAUCCCUCCUAUAACAGAAACGCCGCUGAUACACUCCUCAAUUCCUCGGGUGGCACUAUAUCGCUCAUGGUGGGUAUCUCGUUAACAGUCCCACCCCCACAAAAAUCAGAGGACAAACUAGGCGUGCUUCCAACUGCAAGCAAAGCCAUCGAUAGAAUCAACGCCACACAGCCAUUCCCACCGCUUCAAAAGGCCAAUCCAGAUUGGGCGCCGGAUGAUACUCGACAGGACGAUCCGUGGGAUGCGGUCCAGAGUCUCUGGGCACAACCUCGAUCUGGGGACGACGGACGGAGUGGCUUUGUGGAUCGAUGGGCGGGAGCUUUUGGAUGGGAUAAGGGCUCGAUGAAGGCUCUGUCUGGAUUUCCGAAGCGGAUGCAAAGUAAUUUUAAGAAUUUGUAUGUGGCUGCUCCUGCUGUUGCAAAGUAA